CUAAAACUUCCUAAUCGUGAAUCGGAACCCUAAUCGACGAUCCCAGCUCUAAUUUCUCUAAGAUCCAACACCAAAUUUUUCGAAUUGAAGAUGAAGAAAUACGGAUUACAAAUCAGGGCUCCGUCUCAGAAGAAGCAGCCAACAGUUCGUCCUCGUGCUUCGAUUUUCGAUGAAGACGAAGAGGAAGACGUUGAGAAGGAGAUCUCUCGUCAAGCUUCAAAAGCCAAAUCUCUUAAAGAAAUAGAGGAGCAGCAUAAGAAAGCCUUGGAAGAGGAUCCUUCCGCUUUUGCAUACGACGACGUUUACGACGACAUGAAACACAAAUCAGUCGUUCCUAAACUGCAAGAUCGUCAAGACCGCAAGCCAAGAUAUGUGCAGCAUUUGAUGAAAAAGGCGGAGCAGAGAAAUAAGGAGCAUGAGAUUGUUUACGAGAGAAAGCUAGCGAAAGAGAGGGAGAAAGACGAACAUCUUUUCUCAGGGAAAGAGAAGUUUGUGACGGGCGCGUAUAAGAGGAAGCUAGAGGAGCAAAAGAAGUGGCUUGCGGAAGAGAGGUUGCGUGAGCUUCGAGAGGAAAGAGAUGAUGUUACAAAGAAGACAGACUUGAGUGACUUCUACUUCAACAUUGGAAAAAACGUGGCGUUUGGAGCUCGAGAUAACGAGGAGAAAGAGGCGGAGAUUGUGGAGGAACAAAGAAAGGCAGAGAAGAUGGAGGAGUUGAGGAAAGAAGAGGAGGAGAAGAAAGCUGUUUCACCGGAGAAGGAAGUGUUGGCUGAAUCUGGAGAUGUUGGAACGAGUCGUAAGAGAAGUGUGGAACCUCAAGAAGAAGAAGAGGAAGAAGAAGCUGUAUCUGAGAAGAAGAAGAUUGGUUCAGAUGUUACAGAAGAGAAACAGAAAGUGAAAGAAGCUCCAAAGGCUAUUGUCCAGCACAAGAAAAGCGAGGAUGCGAUUGCUGCUGCUAGAGAACGGUUUUUGGCUCGGAAGAAGGCAAAGAUUGAAGAAUAGUUUGCGCAAGUUUCACUCCUUUGGUUAACUUUCUCUUCUGUAAUAUUAAACACCUUCAACUUGACGCUUAUUAAGUACAUUUUUCACCAGAGUGUUUAUGAAUAUCUUAAAAUAACACUAGCAGAGUAGUUAC